AUGUCUUACAUGUUAGCUCAUUUACAUAAUGGUUGGCAAGUCGAUCAGGCCAUUUUGUCGGAGGAGGAUCGGGUCGUGGUGAUACGAUUUGGACACGACUGGGACCCCACCUGCAUGGUAAUGGAUGAGACCCUAUACAAGUGUGCCGAGAGGAUACAAAAAUUUGCUGUGGUGUAUUUAGUGGACAUAUCUGAGGUGCCAGACUUUAACAAAAUGUAUGAGUUGUACGAUCCUUGUACAAGUAUGUUUUUCUACAGAAACAAGCACAUCAUGAUUGACUUGGGCACGGGAAACAACAACAAGAUCAACUGGGCAAUGGAGGAUGUGCAAGAGUUCAUUGACAUUGUAGAAACGGUGUAUCGUGGCGCGAGGAAAGGUCGUGGCUUGGUAGUCUCACCUAAAGACUACUCCACCAAAUACCGCUACUGA